AUGCAGAGUUACCAGGACUUUAUCAUGGAGUUACAGGAUGUGAUGCAGAGUUACCAGGACUUUAUCAUGGAGUUACAGGAUGUGAUGUGCAGCCACCCCCCGACCCAAUCAGCAGCCACAUCCCCCCCGACCCAAUCAGCAGCCCCCCCGACUCCAAUCAGCAGCCACACUCUCCCGGACCCAAUCCGCAGCCACAUCCCCCCGACCCAAUCAGCAGCCACAUCUCCCCCGACCCAAUCCGCAGCCACAUCACCCCCGACCCAAUCCGCAGCCACUUCUCUGACCCAAAUCAGCAGCCACAUCCCCCCGACCCAAUCCGCAUCCACAUCCUCUCCCGAACCCAAUCCGCAGCCACAUCCCCGACCCAAUCCGCAGCCACAUCACCCCCCCGACCCAAUCCGCAGCCACAUCAUCCCCCCCCCGACCCAAUCCGCAGCCACAUCACCCCGACCCAAUCCGCAGCCACAUCACCCCCGACCCAAUCCGCAGCCACAUCACCCCGACCCAAUCCGCAGCCACAUCACCCCCCGACUCAAUCUGCAGCCACAUCACCCCGACCCAAUCCGCAACACCCCGACCCAAUCAGCAGCCACAUCCCCCGACUCAAUCCGCAGCCACAUCACCCCCCGGCCAAUCCGCAGCCACAUCACCCCCCGACCCAAUCCGCAUCCACAUCACCCCCCGACCCAAUCCGCAUCAAACUAA